GUCUGACAAUAUAUAGACCAAGCAAUACUCAACUAUACUCACAUAAUCAUCUUCUGCAUUUUGAAUAAUGACACUUUUGCUGGGAUAUCUUCUACUUGGGCUUGCAGCCUGUAAGUCAUCACUGCUCCACAUUGAGUGAAGUAAAUCUCUUCUUAGACAGGUUAUGUUAUUGUAUUUCUUUGGUUUCCUCCAUUAGGUGCUCACUGUCAGAUAUCACUGGUCCAGUCUGGAAAUGGAAAUGUAAAACCAAACGAAGUCCUCAAACUCACUUGCAAAGUCAUUGGAUACACUAUCACAACUGGUUACUGGUGGAGCUGGAACAGACAAACAACUGAGAAAGGACUAGAGUGGUUAGGACUCAUAAAAAGUGAUGGAGCCGUAAUGUACAACUCAGCAUUCCAGAGUCGAAUAUCUGUAACAAGGGACACCACUAAUAAUGAAUAUUCUGUGCAGCUGUCAAAUAUGAGAUCAGAUGACUCUGGCACAUAUUACUGUGCUAGAGACACAGUGACUGAAACCACAGGAAAUCUGUGAAUAAACAUUGUUUCAUGUUCU